UAUUUGACACUUGAAAUGCAGGGUCCAGACCCAUCUCUGGCAUAUCGGCCGAACUUGGAGAAGAAUUACAACAAAGACUACAGAAACUUUGAGGGAAGCAGACAGUCAGUCUCGGAUGAUCAACACAGCAGCUGCAAAGACUUCAUCACCAUGAGGGUCAUUAAUAUCGGUCCAGACCCAUCUCUGGCAUAUCGGCCGAACUUGGAGAAGAAUGAAAACAAAGAGAAGGAAGACUACAGGAACUUUGAGACUGGAAGCCUCAUUGACCGAGUCUUCAGGACGUAUAAGUUGAUGCACACCAACCAAACCCUGGACUUUGUAAAGAAAAAGCACUGUGAGUGGACCGGCUGCACCCACAGUCAGAUGGGGAUACUGGACGCCGUCAUGUCCCUGGACCAGGUGGUGGAUGAGUCCGACCCUGACGUGGACUUCCCCAACUCCUUUCACGCCUUCCAGACCGCAGAAGGCAUCCGCGAAGCCCACCCUGACAAAGACUGGUUCCACUUGGUGGGUCUGAUUCAUGAUGUCGGGAAGAUCAUGGCUCUUUGGGAUGAACCUCAGUGGGCUGUAGUGGGCGACACCUUCCCUGUGGGAUGCAAGUACCAAAACUCCAUUGUGUUCAGAGACAACACCUUCCUCGAAAACCCAGACGACAAAGAUCCCAGCUACAGCACUGAAUAUGGGAUCUAUGAACCAAACUGCGGGCUGGACAAAGUCCUCAUGUCCUGGGGCCAUGAUGAGUAUCUCUACAGAGUUCUGAAGUUCAACAAGUGCCAGAUACCAGAGGAGGGUCUGUACAUGAUCCGGUUCCACUCAUUCUACCCCUGGCACUCCCACGGGGACUACAUGCAUCUCUGCAACGACAAAGACCUGAGUAUGAUCCCCUGGGUCCAAGAGUUCAACAAAUUUGACUUGUACACAAAGACCACCGACAUGCCCGAUGUUGACAAGGUGAAGAGCUACUACCAGUCUCUGAUCGACAAGUACUGUCCUGGAAUACUGAAGUGGUGAAACAGACGACAGCGAUCUCGAUGAAAACGAUAUGCUUUAUAUAUAUAUAUAUAUAUAAAAAAUACUAUAGCUGGGCUUAUUGUUAUCACAGAAUAUAUCCUGAGCAACUGUAUAUUUUAUCUUGUGCACACAGACAAGUUCUGAAAAUGAAACUGGUGUAUAUGUAACCUCAUUACGACACAUUUUCAAUAAAAACUUUAAAGAAUAA